AUGUCACAUAUUCAAAAGGUCGCCAUUGUUGGUUGUGGCUCUAUUGGAGCCUCUUGGGCUGCUCUUUUUCUAGCACAGGGCCUCCAAGUAUCGGCUUUCGAUGUCAACCCUGCUGCCGAAACGUUCCUUCGAUCCCUUGUCACUGACGCCCUGCCUAUUCUUUCGACGCUGGGUCUCGUCAAGAAUGCCACAGCGAAAGCGAGAGACAUUUCGUUCACGACGAACAUGACGGAGGCUCUCGUGGACGCCGAUUUUGUGCAAGAGAACGGACCAGAGAAACUGGAUUUCAAGCGGAGAUUGUUCAACGACAUGGCGAACAUUGUUCGGCCAACCACAAUCAUCGCUACGAGCAGCAGUGGCUUGACUUGUUCAAGUAUACAGCUCGGUAUGGAUACGCCAAGCCGGCCUGAACGAUGCCUCGUUGGCCAUCCUUUCAACCCUCCGCACCUCAUCCCCCUUGUGGAGGUAGUCGCCGGUAGGCAGACAUCAUCUGAAACUGUCAGUACCGCCAUGGAGUUUUACGAAAAGAUGGGGAAAAAGGCAGUGCACGUUAAAAAGGAAGUCGUUGGUCAUGUUGCCAACCGUCUCCAGGCAGCCUUGAUGAGAGAGGUCAUGUACCUACUGCAGGAGGACGUUGCCGGGGUUGAGGACAUUGACAAAGCAAUGAGUUAUGGCCCCGGUCUUCGAUGGGGCGUCAUGGGUCCAAACCUUUUGAUGCACUUGGGAGGCGGCGAAGGCGGAAUCGAGUACAUGGCGGAUCAUUUGCUGGGUCCCUUGAUGUCUUGGUACGCACCUGAAGAUCCUCAAGUCACUGAAGAAUUGAGGCAAAAAUGGGUCUCGGGAACGAGGCAGACAGUGGAUGACAGGGCUUAUAGACAACUCGCGAAGCAGCGAGAUGAGGAGUUGGUACGACUCCUGAACGGCGACAUGAGUUCUCAAAUCCAACAACGCCUCUACAUCCUCGACACUGACCUAUCUCACCCUCCCAAGAGUCGUCGUGGGCGCAUCUUAUCAUGUCUAACAGACGGAAGCGACCUUCGAACAGUAGUCGACAACAUGGUAUCUCUGCCCGACGGGAUUGUGAUCGAUCAUGCCAAAGGUCAUAUGUACUGGACCAACAUGGGAUCUAGCUUGAAGUCUAACGACGGCUCAAUCGAGCGCGCCAACUUGGAUGGUUCAAAACGACAAAUCAUUGUGUCAGCAGGUACCAUUGGUGUCUUUACGCCCAAGCAAAUCACUAUCGCCAAGCAGAGUAUGAAGCUGUACUGGUGCGAUCGGGAGGGCAUGAAGGUUAUGCGGGCCAACUUCGAUGGGUCUGAUGUUGAGGUCCUCGUCUCGACCGGCAAUACCGAUGAAGAGAGGGUGGAUCAAAGAAGGUGGUGCGUCGGCAUUGCUGUAGACGAACAGCAAAACGUCUUCUAUUGGACACAGAAAGGACCAUCCAAGGGCAACCAAGGGCGGAUUUUCCGCGCACCUAUACAUGCCUCUUUCGAGGACCGACUCCAUCAAAUCGAGAUGGUGAUCAGCGAGCUUCCCGAACCGAUUGAUCUCGACAUCGACGAGGAAAGUAGCGUGCUAUAUUGGACAGAUCGAGGAGAUCCUCCUGCUGGAAAUACUCUCAAUCGAGCCAUGAUGGCUGAUGGUGAGAAACAGGAAACUCUGGCAAUACGAUUACACGAAACCAUUGGUCUAUCGUUGAACCAGCGGGCGGGAGUAGCCUACGUGACAGACCUUGCCGGCGGCGUCUACUCUGUUGAUACGAAAACUUACAAGAAGACUGUGUUAUUUUCCGAGUUGGGUGACAUUACGGGGAUCGCCCUUGUAUAA